CAAACUCGACCAGAUCUUCCCGAGGUGACGAUGUGCAGCUCAUCGCAUCACAGCUGCUCCAGAGCUUGAAAAAUAAAAUGAAGUUGCUGGUCAUCGGCUCAGUGGUGUCGUGUUUGGUGGCCGCUUAUCUGGCGUCGCCUUCAACUCAAAGUGAUCGAUCCACCUCUAGGAAUUCCAGCAGGAUCGCUCGUUAUUAUCAUCACCACUACGCGGAUUAUUAUUACCACCCUCGUUAUCAGCAUCCACCGAUCCGGCAGCGUCAUUACUACCCAGAAUCCUUCCACCACCGACAAGUGCCUUCUCGCCGCCAUUCGACGCCAUCUGCCGGCCAACCGAUCGUGAAAAAUAAGAAGAAAACGAUCGACGAUCAAUGGUCCAAGAUUCUAUGGUCCAUGGCCAAAUCGCGAUUGGUGCCACUGAGGAGGAGUGAUGUGGACAGUCAGAAUUUCGAUUAUUCGUCAUUGGUGAGUCCCAGCAGUUCCUUCCGUUCGGUGGCUGGCGCCGGGAUGAGUGAAGCCAGACGGCCGGCGAGCAGCAGCGACUCAUCCGGCGGAAGUAGCGGGACUCAGAAGAGGAAACCGACCAACAGGAAACCGGCCGCCAGCGUCCAAGACGAAAAUGAUGAGGAGUCGAAUAAGAAGAAACCCGGAAGCGGAGGAUUGCCGUGGUUUUUGAAUCUGGUCGGACCUCCAGGGCCUCCUGGAAAGGACGGAAGAGACGGAUUGGUGGGAUCGAUGGGGCCAGCUGGAUUGCAAGGACCGCAGGGCAUUCAGGGAGUUCACGGAAGUCCUGGUAUGCAGGGCGUUCAAGGUCCGCCUGGUGUACAAGGCCCCCAAGGUCCGCCCGGAGUGCCCGGAAUUCAAGGGAGGGACGGAGCGGAUGGAAAGGACGGCCGUGACGGAAUCGAAGGAAAGGAUGGAAAAGAUGGCCAGGAUGGAGCUCCUGGACCUCCAGGAUUGGCUGGAACAAACGGAAAAGAUGGCAAGGACGGCCGUGAUGGGCAAGAUGGAGCUCCCGGACCUCUAGGGCCUCAAGGUGAAAAUGGCAAAAACGGGCAGGAUGGAAAACAUGGACAAAACGGCAAAGACGGACAAGAUGGAGCUCCAGGACCACCAGGAGCACCUGGAAAAGAUGGCAAGGAUGGCACAGACGGAACGGCUGGACAAUUCGGACAGGAUGGAACGAGCGGACAAGAAGGACAAGACGGACAAACGGGAGCACAAGGUGCAGUUGGUCCGGCAGGGACACCCGGAAAAGACGGCCAGGAUGGUCAAGGUGGAAAUCCGGGUCUCCAUGGGCUUCACGGAACGGAUGGUGAAGCUGGAGAUCCAGGAACUCCCGGACUUCCAGGCGAGGGUGGCGAACCCGGAAUUCAUGGAGCUGUCGGUCCGGAAGGAACACCUGGAACUGAUGGCACGCCGGGAACGGGUGGAACUCCGGGAAGCCCAGGAUCGCCAGGAUCACCUGGUUCUUCAGGAACUCCCGGUAUUCCUGGAGAACCUGGAGAACCUGGACAAGGAGGUGUUCCUGGAGUGCCUGGAAUUCCAGGAAUUCCUGCAGGUCGAUAGUAUAUUUCUAGAUGACAUCAUUUCAUUUGCAUCACAGUUCGGUUAAAAAACAGACGAAUACAACGAAAAAGUUUUUUUUUUAGA